AUGUCUUCUACCUUUUGGGCCUCUUACCUCUCCGGCGCCCUGGGCAUUCUAGUCGGCAACCGCCUUGACGUUCUCAAACUCCUGUUCAUCACCUUCAACCGCACUCUCCUGUACCUAACCCCACACCCACCUCCCUCACCCACCAAACUCGCCGGCUGCUCCCUCUCGCAUAUCUGGCUCGCGGGCUUCGUUGGCGGGUUGGCCACGUGGAUCGUCAGCGCGCCGUCGGAGUACGUCAAGUGUCGUGCCCAGCUUGGAAUUCCUACCUCCGCCGGAGCAGCUGGUCAGACAAGAAGCAGCUCGUCGACGUCGUCAUCAUGGCAAGUCGCGCGCUCAACGAUCCAGCGUGAGGGUAUACCGGGGCUCUUCCGUGGCGGCACUCUCACCUCCCUGCGCGAUGCGGUUGGAUAUGGGUGGUAUUUCUGGAGCUAUGAAGUGUGUAAGCGCCUCCUCAUCGCACAGCGGACACCGGACUGGUGGGCUGAGCUCAAAGGGUGGGAGGUCGUUGUGGCGGGCGGAGUUGCAGGCGUGGUCACGUGGGCGAGCGUGUACCCGUUGGAUGUUGUCAAGACAAGGGUGCAAUGCUGGGUGCCGUCUGGAAAUGUAGGGAGUGAGCGGGAGGGGUUGCUGGGUGGCACAGGGAGAGAGAAACCACCGAGGACGUGGGAGGUGGUUAAGGAGGUGUGGAAGGAGGCAGGAAUCAGAGGCUUUUACAGGGGUAUUGGGGUGUGUAGUUUACGGGCCUUCGUGGUGAACGCAGUACAGUGGUAUGCUUACGAGGGCAUUAUGGGAUGGAUGGGGGAGAAGCAGACGUGA